AUGUCAACAUCCACGGGUGAUCUUCCUGGACGUUUAGUACUUAUUUCAUUCAAACUCAAUCGUAUUAUUCCUAUACUUCUACUUAUUCUUGGCACAGUUGAUAAUAUUAUGAAUAUUCUAAUAUUUACUCGCCGUUCACUUCGUACUAAUGCAUGUCCAUUUUAUUUUUUGGCUUCAUCAAUCAAUAAUUUGUUUGUUCUCAGUGUUGCUUUACUUAUACUUCUUCUGUCAAGUGGUUUGCAAAUCGAUCCGUCGAAUUUAAAUAUUGUACUUUGA